AAGGAUUGCUACAGCCUACAGUGCUCAAGGUUAUUUCUUUCGAUACCAUUUUUGCCCUUAUUAUUCAAAUUCAAAUGCUUCAAAAUUCUCAUUUCAUCUGCGUCUGUAUCCCUGUCAAUUCUCCUCGUCGGCUACUGAGGAACAUCCAAUCGACGUUCGCGUGCAUACACCAGAUCUGGGGAAGUAUCGCAUUCGGGAAAGAUCUUGUUCGUCCCUCAUUUCAGCUGUGGGUUACUCAUUGGUGGAUUCACUUUCUUCUUCUUUUCUUGGGCAACUUUCUGAGGGUUGUUUAGGGGCAUUAGAUGGCACGUACAUUGACGUCAUGAUGCCCAAUAAAGAUAAACCAAGGUAUAGGACACGAAAAAGCCAUAUAUCCACUAAUACCCUUGCCAUGUGCGAUCGAUAUUUGAAGUUUGUUUAUGUCUUGCCUGGGUGGGAGGGCUCGGCAGCUGAUUCUAGGGUUCUACGAGAUGCACUCACUAGACCACAUGGAUUGAGGGUGCCAAAGGGAAAUUAUUACUUGUGUGAUAACAGCUACGCGAACUGUGAUGGUUUCUUGGCGCCGUAUAAGAGUGUACGAUACCAUUUGAAGGAGUGGGGACCUAUGUGCGCACGACCACAAAACACUCAGGAAUUGUUCAACCUUAGACAUGCGAAAGCACGUAACAUAAUCGAGCGAGCAUUUGGAAUCAUGAAAAUGAGGUGGGGGAUUCUUCAGAGUACAUCAUACUACCCUGUGAAGACACAAAAUAGAUUAAUAAUGGCAUGGUUUAUUAUUAAUAACUUUAUCCGGAGCGAGAUGGCAGUGGAUCCUAUAGAACAGGAGUUUGAUAAUCUAUUCCAAGACAAUGCUGUCCUUGAGACUGAGCACGAAGAGUACAUCGAAGGGGUUGAGAGCUCACCGGAAUGGAAUGCGGCAAGGGAUGCAUUGGCAACUGCCAAGUGGCACCAAUAUAUUGCAAAUUUUGAUCACAUGUAGAAUUAUGUAUUUUGUAUUUUAUAUGUUUAGUUGUUUUCGAAAUAACUUGGAAUUUGUGUGCCAACUGA